AUGCUCCCCGAAGGAGCCCAGACACUGGUUUAUCACACCAUUGGUGACCACAAUGUCAAGUUCGACUACUAUCUUCCUCCGGGUGCCAGGGGCCCACUUCCUCUUGUGAUACAUUGGCACGGAGGUGGUAUGACGGCUGGCUCGCGCCGUGAUGACUUUCCUCACUGGCUUUAUGGCCCGUGCCAGAAGAAAGGCUACAUAUUCGUCUCUCCAGACUACCGCCUCUGCCAUCCCUGCACAGCUCUGGACCAGAUCGAGGACGCCAAAGCUCUCUUCUCAUUCCUCACCGGGGAAACUUUUGCGGCAACCCUGCCCGAUGGUGUCAGCGUCGAUGCUCGCCGCAUCGCCGUGGCCGGGUCCUCGGCGGGGGCGUACCAGGCCCGCGCGGCGUGCGUCUAUGCCCGACCUAAACCGGCCGUUCUCAUGACUGCCUACGGGCUGGGCGGCGACCUGCUCCUGGACCACUGGACCAACCCCCGGCCGCCGACGGGUUUAGCCGGCAUGGUCGACCUGAGCAAGGUCCCGGUGCUGCUCGCCGACCGGACCGUGGUCAGCUGCGAUGCUGCGCCCCCGGACCGGGCGGCGCCCAUCACGGAGAGGUUCGCGCUGACGGUGCGCUGGGAGCUGGACGGCACGAUGCUCGACGGCAUCUUUGGACGGGCCGGUCUGGCGGAGAAGCUGCGGGCUGUCAACUAUGCCGAGAGAGAGGCCCUUUUGCCCGAUGACCUCCGGCCUGGAUUCCUUCAGCUUUGCAUUGAAAAGGAUUACCCGCCGUCCGUGCUGGUUCAUGGAACCGCGGAUGAAGUGGUGCCGGACAUUGAGAGUGUGCGACAUUAUGAGAAGCUCCGGGAACUCGGAAUCAAGACGGACUUGCUUCUGGUUGAGGGGGCAGGCCACGGACUCGUGGAGUUUAAGCCUAAUGGGUCAAUCAGCUUACUCGAAGAUGGUCUGAAGGCUUAUGCAAAGUCUUUUGACUUUAUUGUCAGCGUCUUUGAAGGGCUGUGA